CCAUAUAAUUAUGGUUUAAAUAUUGACUAAAUAAAUGCACUGUUUUAGGUACUAUGUUUUCCCUAUCAUUUUUUACGCAAUUUUUAAAAUUGGAUGAUUCCAUUCUGGGGAUUAUAUCAUGCUCAACAAAAAUUAUGGCGUCUGGAGUUUACGCAUUUGCGUCUAGCCCGAUUUACUUUUACUUGGGUCCUAUUGUAGAAAUUCUAAAUGGAACCUCUUUCAUCGCAAUGCGGGCUAUGAUAACAAAGCUAGUAUUACCUGAAGAAUUGGGUAAAGUGAAUUCGUUGUUUGGCAUAUUUGAAGCUCUGGUACCGCUGAUCUAUGGACCUUUAUAUAGUAGAAUUUAUGCUCUAACAAUUGAAUAUUUUCCUGGAUGUUUUUACAUUGUGGGAGGAGUUUUAACAGUACCAGCGUUAUUUAUAUUUUACUGGCUCUAUUUGGAACACAAAAAAGAUUUGGAAGAAGACAAGUCUGCAAACGGUGAAGAAAUGAACCCUCUGAAUAAGAGUGAUACUGUUGAAUAUGUUAAUGCAUAGAAUAUCUACAUUGUUUGACCUUAUAAAUUAAAAGUCCGAAUAAGAAUAG